AACAUGAGCAAUAAUAGCACGACUUUUGUAUUGAUGUUAUUUGAGCUUUGGGGAUCCUAUAUCGUGGUUAUACCAGUGUAGGUGUAUACAAUAUACUACAGUAUUUGUAUUGAAAGAAUCUCAGGGUAAUUUUGUCCUCAAACUUGUAAUCAGAGUUUAAUUAAAACUUAGACAUCCUUGAUUCGCGGGGAUAUUGAGUGCAUGCAUGCUCGGAUGUACAAGCCAUCGAAAGCAACUAACGUGGAAUGUAGCGUAUCCAUAUUGGACAGUAACUUACACUUGUGGUCUAGCACAAAUGAAAACCUCAGCUGGUACCCGAAAUCUUUUCCUCAUACUGGAGUCAGAGGUAUAUGUUGUUUAGUUCGUCUCGUCGUUGGUUUUCACGUGCAAAACAGAUACAUACAUACAUAUACAGGGGGUGUUGUUCAUCAGAUCAUCGUAGUCUUGAAAGGUUGUUUCCACACAAAUGUUCAGGACGAUAGUUUUCGAACAUCAUUUGAACGUCAAGGGCACAUGCAAUACUACGUAAAUACUUCUAACAUACACGCGUAACCUCAGUCACCGAAGUUGUCAUCCAUAGUCAGACAUACGCUUGUUUUGAAACAUCACAGGUUCGUCCAUUCUACUUCACGGUCGCUCGUUUG